AUGUCGGCUGGAAUGAAAUCUAUUGCUUACUUCGUUAACUGGGCCAUUUAUGGGCGCAACUACAACCCACAAGAUCUGCCCGCCGAGAAGCUGACACAUGUGCUCUAUGCAUUUGCCAAUAUUCACCCAGAGACUGGUGAAGUUUACUUGACUGACAGUUGGUCUGAUGUUGAGAAGCACUACGCUGGAGACUCGUGGAAUGAUACCGGCAACAAUGUCUAUGGUUGCAUCAAGCAGCUGUUCCUGCUGAAGAAGAAACAUCGCCAGCUGAAGGUCCUGAUUUCAAUUGGUGGCUGGACGUACUCUGCCAACUUUGCUGGCCCUGCUAGCACCCCAGAAGGUCGGGCGAGGUUUGCCGAGUCGGCCACUCGACUUGUUCUAGAUCUUGGACUUGAUGGCAUUGAUAUUGAUUGGGAGUAUCCCCAAGACGAUAACCAAGCCCAGAACCUGGUCGAGCUGUUACGGGCAUGCCGUGAGAGCCUCGAUAGUGCGGCUGGCCCCAACCGCAAAUUCUACCUUUCCAUUGCUUGUCCCGCAGGGCCAAGCAACUUCUCUAAGCUCAAGUUGCGUGACAUGACGCCUCUGCUGGACUUUUACAACCUAAUGGCGUAUGACUACGCCGGAAGCUGGGACAGCGCAGCCGGCCACCAGGCCAACCUUUUCCCAUCCAAGUCGAACCCAACCUCGACGCCGUUCUCGACCAUCGCUGCCCUUGACCACUAUAUUCACGUGGAUGGUGUGCCACCCAAGAAGAUGAUCCUCGGUAUGCCGCUGUACGGACGUGCAUUCGAGAAUACCGAUGGCCCCGGCACCCCAUACAACGGCGUGGGCCAGGGUAGCUGGGAGAAUGGAGUGUGGGACUACAAGGCCUUGCCACGUCCCGGCGCUACAGAGCAUAUUGAUACGGAAGCGGACGCAUCCUGGAGCUACGAUCCUAACUCACGCACCAUGGUCUCGUACGAUAACGUUGAGAUGAGCCAGAGAAAGGCUGAUUUUGUUAAGUACCGACAGCUUGGUGGAGGUAUGUGGUGGGAGAGUAGCGGUGAUAAGGGAGGUAAGGAGGGCAAUGCAUCGCAUGGUAGCCUGAUCGGCACCUUUGUGGACGGCAUUGGUGGCGUCGGUUCAUUGGAGCAGAUUGACAAUGCUCUUGAUUAUCCCGAGAGCAAGUAUGAUAACUUGCGGGCUGGGUUUCCCGGCCAGUAA